AUGUCCGAAUCGGCUUACCAACGCCUCUGGGAGGCCUCCCACGCGACCCUGCAGGGCCUGCUGAGCCAAGAGGAGCCCAUGCUGGAACCCACGCCCGGCCAGGAGCGCUCCGCCUUCCAGUACCAGCUCUCCCUGCUCUACCUGUACUACCUGAGGCUGCUGCGCCGGUUCGACCUGGUCUACGACCAGAUGGUGCAGCCUCAGAAGCGCCGGCUGCUGCGGCGCCUGCUGGACGGCGUGGCGGGCCGGGUGCUGGAGCUCAAGGACGAGCUGGUGCGGGUGGACCUCAGCGAGACCCACGCGCUGGACCGCGCGCUGCAGGCGCUCAAGAUGACCCCGGCGGACCUGGAGGUUCCCAUCCCCAAAUACUUCCAGCUGGAGCAGUCCAACGCGCUGAAGGAACGAAGGAUGGUGCUGUCGGAUAUCCUGGGCCGGCUGGAGCCCGUGGCGGUCCAGGAGGUUGCUCCCGAAAUGCAAAAGGUGGAGGCCAUCUUGGUAGUGCAGAGGGCGGAGCGGGCCCGGCAGGGGCGGCUGCGAGCCAGGUUCAUGCGGGAGAUCCGCAAGGAAGAGGAGCGAGAGCGCAAGAGCCGCGAGGAGGGGCAGCCCAGAUUCAGUCGCGACGAGGCGGCUCUCCUCAUACAGAAGGUGUGGAAGGGUCACGCGCAGAGGAAACGCAUCCAGCUGGACCGGCGCUCCGAGAUGGAGUUCAUCGGCAUGCUUCCGGUGCCCAUGCCGACGAAGAGCGUGAAUAUCUUAGCUCAGGUCUUCCAGGCCGAGGAGGCCCGGAGGGUCCGGCAGACGGAAAAGGAGGAGGAGUUCAACCUGGCCGUGGAAAAGACUCACGACUCCCUCCUAAACACGGAGGGGCCGGAGAUGAAGGAGAGCAUGAAGGACCAAAUUCGACAGUGGUUCAUCGAGUGCCAUGCCCUCACCGGUCGGUUCCCCGAUUUCCCGGAUGAGUCUUCGGGUGGCUCCUACCUGAUCUUUGCGGACAAGACUCCAGAGCAGGUAAAGGCGGAGCUGGAGAUGCAGGCCCAGGAGAUCAAAAAGAAGGAACAAGAGAAGAACAAGGAAAAGGAGAAAACGGAAAAGGAGGGGAGGAAAGGGAAGCAGCCAAAGAAGAAAGAGGGGAAGGCCAAGAAGGAGGUAGAAACCGUCCUGAAAUUGUUGCCCUCCAAGUUUGUGCCUGUGAUUAACACUGGUCACGAGGAGUAUCUAAAACUGUGGAAGAAACGCCAGGAGGACGCGUACCCCAGCCAGAGCUACGACGCUGAGGUCCUCCAGGAGGAGAAGAGGAAGGAGGUGGAGCAGGAGAUCCGGACGCAGGUGGAUGAGCUGAUGCGGCAGGAGCUGAGGAGCCUGCGUUUGGCUGUGGACAAGGAAGAAAGCAGAGUCGUGAAGCUUCCAAAGCCAAAGUCCGCAAAGAAAGCUGGGGGGAAGAAGAAGGAGAAAGACCUGACUCCAGACAGGACUGUGGACUCCCUGUAUGAAGAACUCAUCAUCUUUGGCCUCCUAAAGAAGAUUAAGACGGUGGCCCUGAAGGACUUCAUUGGUGACUGCCUCUAUCUUGGGUCUGCUCUGAACUUGGCGAACAAGCUGCCCAUGCCGUCUCUGUUCGACAUACGGCAGAACGUUGCCUUGUAUGGGGUCCUUCGCCUGGGCUCCCCAGACAUACACUCCAUGGCCCCCCUCAUCCGCUCCCUCCUCCUGGUGGGCCCCUCCGGCAUGGGGAAGAAGAUGUUGGUUCAGGCUGUGUGUACGGAAACUGGCGCCAACCUGUUCGACCUGUCCCCCGACAACGUGAUGGGCAAAUAUCCUGGCAAGAGCGGCUCGCAGAUGUUGGUGCACCUGGUCUUCAAGGUGGCCCGGCUCCUGCAGCCCUCCGUGAUCUGGAUUCGAGAGGCGGAGAAGACUUUCUAUAAGAGGAUACCAAAGGAAGAGAGGAAGAUGGACCCGAAGCGCAUCAAGAAGGACCUCACCAAGGCUCUGCGCCUGCUGAGCCCGGGGGACCGCGUGCUGCUCAUCGGGACGUCGGAGCAGCCCUACCUGGCAGACAUGAAGGCGCUGUGCCGGGCCUACGAGCGGAUCCUCUUCAUCCCGCGGCCCGACUACGCGUCCCGUUACGUGCUCUGGAAGCACAUGAUCGAGGCCCAGGGCGCGCAGGUCACCCAAAGCCUGGACCUCAGCGGGCUGGCCAGGGUGUCCGACGGCUACACCUCCAGUCACAUCCUGCAAGUGGUCCGGACGGUGCUGACCGAGCGUCGGCUCCUCCAGCUGUCCAAACGGUCCCUGGUGGCCUCUGAGUUUGUGGGGCACCUGGCAAAGCUGGACCCCGUCUACAAGGAAGAGGAGGAGUCUUUGAAGGACUGGUACUUCAGGACUCCGCUGGGCAGGAAGUACCUGAAGUUUCACAAGGAGCAGCAGGAGGCGGAGGAGGCCAGGCUGGCCAGGGAGAAGAAGAAAAACCCCUAA